AUGCCAACAUCGAGCCAAGCUCAAAUAUUGUCCGUAGUUGAUUAUCAAUUACAACAACCGACGAGUGCGGGUGAUGUAAAUAAUGUUUUAACAUCGACUGGUAAUCCUACCUUGACCGAUAAUAAUCUGAAUAAUAGACAACGUCGUCAAGGAUCAUUUACUGAUACAAAUAUUUAUGAUUCUCAAACGGCAAAGGUCCAUGAUGCCAGUCCAUCUCCAAAGGAAAAACGUCGACAUCAUCGUCAAAGAUCAUCUGGCAACGAUGAACAUCUUGGUAGUGCACGUUUACAACCGAAUAAUGAUUCAAAUAAUUUACGUAAACAAUCAUACGAUGAAAAUCAAUUGCCCAAUGAUAAAGCAGGAACUAAACGACGAGGUUCUAAAACAGAAGGUAAGAUCAUUUAUAGUUAAAGAUGGUAGAUGAUCAUUAUUUCGAGCAAUGAAUCAGAAUUGAAUAGAAACGAGUCUCUUGUGAAAUAUAGGACGGGUAUGAGGUUAUGUUUUUUUCUUUCCAACCAGUACCGUUAUAACCUAUAAAUUUCAACUUUUUGCUGAAACGGAUUGCAUGAAAAGUACGCAUAUUUAAAUUUUUCGAACAACUGGAUUUUGUAGAGUAAACAUUUUUCUACAAUAUGAGCUAACCCCCGCCCCCCAUAAUAGAAGCCUCCGGGGCUUCUAAACUGUCCAAGUGUUCAAAAUUUUUAGAGGGGGCUUGUAUUAUGAAGGGGCUACUAUUACGACUUUCGUACAAAAAUUUUCAGAAAAAAAAGGAGAUUUUGAAUUUCGAUGCUCUUGCC